AUGGGUAAAGCUCAGAAACUUCUGGCUAUCGCGCCUUCCAGAAAAAUCAAGGAAGAAUCAGAUGGUAGUGAAAGCGAAUCAUCGAGUGAUGAUGAAAGUGUCGAACAAUCUGAUACGAAGAAAGUGAGCAACUCAAAGUGGACAAAUAGAACACGCGUGCUCAUUUUCUGCUCAAGAGGUUCCGAUUUCAGAACACGACACUUGAUGAAAGAUCUUUGUACUUUGAUGCCUCAUACUAAAUCUGAAACGAAGUUUGACAAGAAAGCUUCUCUUUCAAUGAUCAAUGAAAUCGCUGAAAUGAAAAACUGCAGCAAAGUCAUGUAUUUCGAAAGUCGCAAACACAAGGAUCAUUAUUUGUGGCUCUCAAAUGUUGAAUCAGGCCCAUCGAUGAAGUUUCUGGUGCAUAACGUGCACACAAUGGAUGAAUUGAAGAUGUCGGGUAACUGCUUGAAAGCCUCGAGACCCAUUCUUUCAUUUGACUCUACAUUUGAUGAAAAGCCUCAUUUGGCUAUAAUUAAAAGAUCACUUACUCAGAUCUUCUCAACUCCAAACUAUCAUCCAAGAUCUCAACCAUUCGUUGACCAUGUCUUCACUUUUUCCGUUUCCACUGACGACAAAAUCUGGUUCCGCAAUUUUCAAGUUGUUGAUGAGAGUUUGAAGCUUCAAGAAAUAGGCCCGCGUUUCGUUCUUGAGCUGAUUCGUGUGUUUAAUGGAUCGUUUGAGGGUGCUGUCCUCUACGACAAUCCCAACUAUGAGAGCCCAAAUGAUAAACGCCGUGUUUUGAAAUUGGCUCAUCAAAACAAAUAUGCUAAUCGAAAGCUUAAUGAAAAGAUGCAAGAUGCAAAGGAAAUUGAAGUUAAAGCCGCAUUAAAAGAAAAAGUUGAAGACCCAGCUGGUGAAAUUUUCAAUACUGAGGCUUUGCAAGUUUCCGAAGAAGCACGGAAAGGUAGCUUCUCAAAU